UGUCCCGGCUUUCUUUGUGGCGCGAAAGCUCACUUUCUUUUGGUUGAGGGGGCAGGUAGUUUGCUGUGAGCUGAGAAAAUCAACUAAAAACUGUUAUUUUUUUUGUUCUUCCUUAAGUAAAAUCUCGAUUGCGAAAUGGCCGCUGAAGUCGUGGAUAAUGAAGAGAUGAGACAGGCGCAGCGAGAAUAUUUGGAUUUUCUCGAUGAUGAUCAAGACCAAGGUGUCUAUCACACCAAAGUGCGCGACAUGGUUAGUGACAAUAAAUUCCGACUUAUUGUCAACAUCAACGACCUGCGGAGGCGCAACGAGACUCGUGCUGCACGGCUCAUGAAUAAUUCCUUUGAGGAGCUCCUGGCCUUCCAGCGUGCCUUGAAGGACCUGGUGGCCUCUGUGGAUGCCACCUAUGCGAAGCAGUACGAGGAGUUCUUCGUGGGCCUGGAGGGCAGCUUUGGCAGCAAGCACGUGACCCCCCGCACGAUGACAGCCCGUCUCCUGGGCAGUGUGGUCUGCGUGGAGGGCAUUGUCACCAAGUGUUCCUUGGUGCGGCCCAAGGUGGUACGCAGCGUCCAUUACUGCCCCGCCACGAAGAAGACGAUGGAGCGCAAGUACACAGACAUGACGUCUCUGGAUGCCUAUCCGUCCAGCGCCAUUUACCCCACAAAGGAUGAGGAGAACAACCCCCUGGAGACGGAGUUUGGCCUCUCCGUUUAUAAAGACCACCAGACGAUCACCGUACAGGAGAUGCCUGAGAAGGCCCCUGCCGGCCAGCUGCCGCGCUCUGUGGACAUCAUCUUGGACAACGACCUGGUGGACACCGCCAAGCCUGGAGAUCGCGUCCAAGUCAUUGGGACCUACCGCUGUUUGCCUGGGAAGAAGGGUGGCUUCACCUCCGGCACUUUCAGGACCAUCCUGAUUGCCUGCCAUGUGAAGCUGUUGAGCAAAGAGGUGUCUGCAUACUUCUCCGGCGAUGACGUGGCCAAGAUCAAAAAGUUCAGCCGGUCGCACUCCAAGGACUUGUUUGAGCAGCUUGCCCGGUCGCUGGCUCCCAGCAUCCACGGACACGAGUACAUUAAGAAGGCCAUCCUGUGCAUGCUGCUCGGCGGGGUGGAGAAGGUUCUGGAGAACGGCUCCCGCAUCCGCGGGGACAUCAACGUACUGCUGAUGGGUGACCCCUCGGUGGCCAAGUCGCAGCUGCUGCGCUACGUGUUGCACACGGCCCCCCGCGCCAUCGCCACUACAGGCCGCGGCUCCUCCGGCGUGGGCCUGACGGCCGCCGUCACCACUGACCAGGAGACGGGUGAGCGUCGCCUAGAGGCGGGUGCCAUGGUGCUGGCCGAUCGCGGGGUGGUGUGCAUCGACGAGUUUGACAAGAUGUCCGACAUGGACCGCACGGCCAUCCACGAGGUGAUGGAGCAGGGCCGCGUCACCAUCGCCAAAGCCGGCAUCCAUGCCCGGCUCAAUGCCCGCUGCAGCGUGCUGGCCGCCGCCAACCCCGUCUAUGGCAGGUAUGACCAGUACAAGACACCGAUGGAAAACAUUGGGCUCCAGGACUCGCUGCUCUCCCGUUUCGACCUGCUCUUCAUCGUUCUGGAUCAGAUGGACCCGGAGCAGGACCGCGACAUUUCGGACCAUGUGCUGCGCAUGCACCGAUACCGGAACCCCGGCGAGCAGGACGGCACGGCCAUGUCCCUGGGUGGGACAGUGGACAUUCUGACCACCGAGGACCCCGACGCUGGUGAGGACGAGCGGGAGGAGCUGCAAGUGUACGAGAAGCACAAUGCACUGCUCCACGGCAGCAGGAAGCGCAGGGAUAAGAUUGUCAGCAAGGAGUUCAUGAGGAAGUACCUCCAUGUGGCCAAGCUGAUCACCCCCGCGCUGACGCAGGAGGCGGCCGACCACAUCGCGGAGGAGUACUCGCGGCUGCGCGGCCAGGAGCAGCUGGGCUCGGACGUGGCGCGGACCUCCCCGGUGACGGCCCGGACGCUGGAGACGCUGAUCCGGCUGUCCACGGCGCACGCCAAGGCUCGCACGAGCAAGGCCGUGCAGCUGCAGGAUGCGCAAGUUGCAGUGGAGCUGGUGCAGUUCGCGUACUUCAAAAAGGUUCUCGAGAAAGAGAAGAAACGAUCCAAGCAGACAGAUAGGGACACCGCUUCAGAGGAUGAGGACGAUGAAGGGGACGUUCCAUCUCCUCCAAGGAGGAAGAGGGGUCGCCGUUCGGAGCGUCGCCCUUCUCAGGGAAGUGAACCCUACGACCCUUAUGACUUUGACGGGCAGCAGGAAACUCCAGAAGUGCCGACCCCGAGGGCCAGAGACGAGCCAGCGGAGACCCCAGAGAAUGGUGAGGCGGGGCUGUCUGCAGACAGGCUGAAGGCAUUUAAGGGGGUGCUGCUGGAGGCUUUCCGCUCGGCCCAUGCUCAGUCCAUCAGCCUGACAGCCCUGAAGGAGGCCAUCAACAAGGAUACCCAGACCCCCUUCACUGCCGCCGAAGUGGACUCUGCCCUCGGUCGCAUGCAGGACGACAACCAGGUCAUGGUGUCCAGUGACAUCGUCUUCCUCAUCUGAGUGGAGGCUGUGGGAUGGGAGCGGAGAAGGAACAGGGCUUCCUUCCAAUCCGCAGGGACCUGAGCCGCACGGAUAUGCCUGAUGUGGGCUGUGUGCUGGUGACGCUGAGCGCCGAGUCUGUCACCUGACCGCACGUCUUACUUUAUAAAUGUUCAUGUCAUGCAGUUUUAGGAAAGAGCGACUCAUUGCGUGUUAAGGAGCCUGCAGUGUUUGUUGUGGUUUUUAAGCAUUUUAAGGUGUAAAUGUAAAGGCCUUUGUACAUAUUUUACAGGAAGCUGGAGUUUUAAUCCUGCUGUUGAUGUUUUAGUAAUCUGAAUGUACAAAAAUGACUGAUGAUAUAUCAAAAGAAACUGGUAAAUCCCCCUCUUUCCCCAUCUUUUUGUUUUAUUCUCACCCGAAGUGGUGGUAUUUCUGGAAAUCACCGGGUUCUCCAUUUGUGGACAGUAGGGGGUGCCAUUUCGUCUAAUGCUGAACAGUGGAUUUCUUUGAAAAAUGCUUUAAAUGCAAACAGUAAAAUACAGAAUUGUCUUCAAAAUAAAUUGUCUGGUUUAACUGGU